AUGUCAUUUGCAGAUAGCUUUUGGACUCAAGACUAUGAACUGGGCUUUAAAGCCCUCUUUGAGCAACUUAAACAAGGUGUUAAUGAGAAUGACGAUUUCAUCCAGCUUUUCACAAAACGUAUGGAACUGGAAUUGAUAUAUGGAAGUCAAUUGGAAUCGAUCGAGAAAUCAGUGACCAAGAGCAGCUCUAAGCGCCAGGCAAAUGACGACUAUGUUUCUUCCAUCAAGAACGCUUAUCAAAAGAUCAAUGAAAACUUCAGUAAACAAGGUGAAUACCAUUUACAAGUGGCAUCGAACAUUAAGCUCUUGGUGUUGGAACCUUUCACGAAAUGGUGUAAAGAGCAUAGACAAAGAGUCGAUUACUCCGAAUCUGUUAUUUACGAUAAGAACAAACAAUUCAAAGGAAAUAAAUGGGCAUUGGAAAAGUUACAGAAGAGAUACUUCAAUAAAUGCAGAAUGUUGGAAGAAUUCAAGUCACAUUACACUGAAGACGAGUUGACUCAAGAGUUGAAAGAUAUUGAAUUUGCAGAAUCGAUCGAUGGGAAAAAACUGGUAGAAGAAGAGGAUGAAGCUGAACUGGACGAAGAAAAUAGCUCCACAUAUGCUAUUGGAAGUGCUACUUACGACCACAAAUCUUUGAAAGCAUUGCUUAACGAUAUAUUGAGUAAUAUUGAGCUUGUGUCUCACAAGGUUCCCAUUUUGGGUACUUACCACAAUGUCUCCACUGGUAGUGCUAUUACGCAAUGGUUGCUAGACAACAUGCCCGAGUUUAACAGAAAUAUUGUUAAGGCAGAAGCUUUCGGCCAGGACUUGUUGAACAACAAUUUCAUUCGCUUGAUCGGUUCCAUGAGUGGUGGUAAGAGUUUUAUCAAUUCCUCACAGUUUUACUACCAAUGGAAGCCAGUUGUGUUUGAGAUCACCAAACUUACUAAUCUUGAGCAUGGUAAUGCUGAUGAGAAUAACUUGAGUAGAAAUCCAUCCUUAGGUACUGGGGCUGCAAAUCAAUUUCAAGACUAUUUCGAGGACAUGAAGCAAGCAAUUGGGGUGAACUCUGUCGACUUUAAUGACAAAACACAACUUACCAAGCUUAUAGCCGAGGUGAAUCAGUUGGACACUCAAUAUUUCAAGAAAACUGUUGAACUCGACGCAAUUAGAUGUGAAUUCGAGGAGCUUAUCAUGGACCAUUUAACUUUCAUGCAAAAAUGCGAGUUAGAUAGAUUGAAAGCAAUUAAAAAGGUAACUUUUGAUUUCUUAUCAAGUUUUUCGAAUAAAAUCGCUUCCAUGAAGCUGAUGUGUGAUGAGUUAUUACUUUUGGAGGAAACGAUUAACCCAGUUAAUGAUUUGAAGUUUUUAAUUGAAAAUUAUUCAACAGGAAAAUUUAAACCUCAUGUCAUCUUAUAUGACAACUACUAUAACUCCAACAUUAAACAAACUUUUGGUGUCGAUUUGAACGUUAAAGCAAGAUUGGAUCGGAAGGUUGUUCCCAUUUUGAUACAGUGUAUUUUGUCUCAUCUUGACAAAGUCUAUCCUGAUAUUGAGAAUGACGAAGAAAGAAUAAAUUUGUGGACACAACCCAUCCAUUUAACAAGUGUUCAUAAAUUAAGGUUCCAAUUAAAUGACAUUAGUGAUCCUAAUAUUAUUAAUGAUGCUUUAUCGAAAUCACACCCCAUAGUCAUAACUAACUUGUUGAAGUUGUACUUCAUGGAACUUCCUGAUUCAGUUCUCCCACACAAUUACUAUGACCUAAUCAAGUCUUUAUACUCUAACUAUCCUGUGAGUGAUGAUUCAAAGACACACGCAAGAGUGAAUGGAUUACAGAAUGUUUUGAUAGACUUACCAAAAUGUAACCUUGCAACGCUUGAUGCUAUCCUUACUCACUUGAAUAGAUUAGUGCAAAUAAUUGGAAGCAAGAACUCUAGCUUGGCACAUGGAUUCAGAACCAAAUUGUCGAAGGAGUUUGGAAACUUAAUUUUGAGGCCAAAGUUAGACUCUUCGACAGUGGAUUACUCGAGAAGUGUAAUCAACGACAAGCAUCAAUUCAAUUUCAUAAAUGACCUUUUUGAACACAAAGAAACGAUUUUCAAGGAGCUUAGAAGAGCGAAUUCAACGAGGCCUAGCUCGGGAAGUAAUUCUGUUACCAGAGAAAAUUCUACUAAAAGUACAGCAAACCAAUCUGGUUCUGUUGCGCAGAAAUCUAAAUCAAGAUUGGAAACUAAAUUACAAAAUGCCGUUCAAAAAACCAAGAAGGAUAAACAAGAGAAUAAGCAUUCACAAGAGAAUAAUGAGUUCCCCAAUUCUACUGAGCUGGUAACAGAGAAUGAGGAUACUAUGCUGCCAAGCACUCCACCCCCAGUCACUCCAAAAAAGCUGGUUCCUAAUUCUUUAAAGAGAUCCACUUCACCAAACAAGAAGAAGUUGAACACAAUUUUAUCUGAAGAUAAAAAGCCCAGUAAAAUAGUUGUUUCCUCAAGACCCAGCAGGAAAGAUAUCAUCUAUGACAACAAUGCAGACGCACAGAGCCCCUCAGAUUUUGUCCAACCUAAAUUCAUUUCUACUUUAGGAAGAAAGACUUCCGUCAAAGAUUUGGCAACAAAGUUUGAUUCUCCCGCUCCUGAAUCACCUACUAGUGAACGCUCAAUCUCUCCUAGUAAAAGAGAGAGAAAGGUAAAAAAUGGUGCUGUUGUCGUUGAUUAA